AUGCACCUCCACAACCUUCCUCGGUUUCCUCCUUCUUCUGCCGGGAGCGCACCCUUUCGCGUUAGUCAUCAUGUAAGCAGGUGGAAACGCAGCUAUAGUGGACGUGAAUUGGAAACAAGACGCUUCCGCAAUAAUCAUAGAGACAGAAGCAUGAAGAAACGUUUAAGAGCGUCUAUAAACUGUUCUAGCGAUGUUCCGAAUGGUUCUUCUCUACCUUCUAUUGAGCAAUUGAGUAAUGCUCGAGUUAUAUAUUCUGUUGCUUCAUCCAUGGGCCACAACCAGGAGUCUCAUCCAGAAUCACAUUUCAGAGUUCCUGCAAUUGUGAAAGCUCUGGAAGAAAAGAAACUCACUUCAAAGUUCCGUGGCUCCGAGGUCAUUGAACUUCAGCAUUUUAAGCCUGCUUCGACUGAUGACAUUGCAAGUGUGCAUGCAAGAGCUUAUGUUUAUGGGCUUGAAAAGGUUAUGGAUCAAGCUUUGGAGAAGGGCCUUAUUCUCAUUGAAGGUUCUGGACCAACAUAUGCUACUUCCACUACCUUCCAGGAGUCAAUAGUAGCAGCUGGUGCUGGAUUAGCCUUAGUUGACUCAGUGGUUGCAGCUUCAAAGAUAACGAAAGAUCCACCAACUGGUUUUGCUUUGAUAAGACCACCAGGACAUCACGCAGUUCCAAAAGGACCUAUGGGAUUUUGUAUUUUUGGAAAUGUGGCCAUUGCAGCUCGUCAUGCUCAGCGUGUUCAUGGACUGAAGCGCGUGUUUAUAAUUGACUUUGAUGUUCAUCAUGGGAAUGGAACAAAUGAUGCUUUCUAUGAUGAUCCAGACAUAUAUUUCCUUUCCUUCCAUCAAGAUGGAAGCUAUCCAGGUACAGGCAAAUUUGAUGAGGUGGGAUCUGGGGACGGUGAAGGAACCACACUUAACCUGCCUCUUCCUGGAGGUUCAGGGGAUACUGCUAUCAGAACUGUGUUCGAUGAAGUUGUUGUACCUUGCGCUCAAAGAUUUAAGCCAGACAUCAUUCUUGUGUCUGCAGGGUAUGAUGGCCACGUGUUAGAUCCACUAGCUAGUCUUCAACUAACAACAGGAACAUAUUACAUGCUUGCGUCCAGUAUUAAACAACUCGCAAAAGACUUAUGUGGUGGUCGAUGUGUAUUUUUCUUGGAAGGAGGAUAUAAUCUCAAGUCUCUUUCAUACUCAGUGGCAGACACAUUUCGUGCUCUUCUUGGGGACAAAAGCUUAGCAGCUGAAUUUGAUAACCCAAAUAUUUUGUAUGAAGAGCCAACAAAAAGGGUUAAGCAAGCAAUUCAGAGGAUAAAACACCUCCAUUCCCUGUGA